CUGUAAAGCUAGGAAAGACAGACGGAAUUUAUAGCUGUCCCACAUACUGUGUUGACCAGAUUAUACAGCGCUGAAAUCUUUGACAGACAACUUGGGUUUCUAUGAGUGGAAAUCUUCGUUCAAGUGAGAAAAACUUUUUAAAUCUUAACUUAUUACAUGGUCAAGGUCAUGGAAGACAAGGGGUCAGGCUGGAACCUGUUGGUACUCACUUUGUGUCUGCUAACCUCAGUUUUGAUGGGCCAGACAACACCUUCAUCACCGCAGAGUAUGAUUUCAUUCAACAUGUACCUGGCAAAUAUGAGCUGGCAAGACAACCAGGCAAUAUCAAACACUUCAUCUGCAGCCUACAAUUUGACAAAGGCCAAGAUUGAGGAAUUCUUUCAGCCAAUUGGCGGAAUUCUGGAAGACGUCAUAUUCUCUAAUAGCCCUGAAGGUUGCACAAAGGCUUACAUCCAAUUAAGAUACAGUGACCAGGACAAGGAGAAAGUUUUGUCCACCCUCAUGGGGAGUGUGGUCACCAGGGGUCUGACAAUAUCCAAUACAACCUGGCUGGUCUCAUUUAAAGGCUGCCAAAGUGAGCCCACACCAACUGCGCAUAUCCUGGUAUUUAAGCUUUACAUCAAUUCCCUCCCCUGGACCGAUGACUACUUGAACCACACAUCCAGCAGCUAUCUGACUUUGGUGUCUAGCAUACAAGCAAACUUGCUCAACUGGACUGGUCAACUAGGCACCAUGCGAAUAGCCAAGAACUAUGGUUGUAUUGAGGUAUAUAUCGAAUGGAGUACAACAGAAAAUUUCCAGAUCUUUACAUUGAUAGAGGAGCUAAAGAAGAGUGGAAUCAAGACAGCCAAUGGGAUAUUGUUCAUCAGUACCAAACCUUGCUUACCUAGCCUGGAUGAGAGUGACCAAUGCCCUGUGGUCAAGCAGAACAUUGAUGUUCCGUGUGUGGACACUUGCAAUGACAGCAACAAAAUAUGCCCCAGUGGAUUCAAGUGUUGUCAUAACUUCAGCUGUCAUUUUUGUUUGAGAAUUGGUUACAGAAUUAAAAUCACUGGCAGUUUGCUGGUGAAUAUUUCAAUGCAAGAAACAUCCAUGGUGGACCAGUUGCAGCUUCAAGACAAGAUGACAACUAUGAUGAAGGGAAAAUUCUUUGGAAAUUUAACAGCUGUUGAUUACAUGAGAAACAGUAGUUUUCAAAACAGUGAAGGGAGCUAUCUUUUCAAGCUGGUAUUGUACUUCAAUGAUGAUCUAUCAAAUGAAGUUCUAGAAAGUGCUAGAUUUCAAGUAGAAAAUUCUUUCAUUAAUAUUUCUCAAGCUGGAAUCAGAAUAAUGAAAUUUGAAUAUGAAACAUCCGACCAAUGUGACCAAUGUGCAGGAAUUUGUAAAGAAUUACUUUCGGGUGAAGUUUAUUGCUCUUGUUCUCAGGGUUAUAUUGGAACAGACUGCACAUCUUUUGAUUGCAGAACAAAUUACAGUCAAUUUCCAAAUACAUCUGUAAGCUUGUGUGAGAACAAUGGCAGCUGUACCCGGCAGGAUGACAACUUCAAGUGCAUGUGUCAGUCAGGUUACUAUGGAGACUAUUGUCAAGUUGGUGUUUGUGGUCUGAUAAACUGUGGAAAUAAUGGGACCUGUGUUGGAUCAUUCAAUGACGGCAGAUUGUGUCAGUGCCAGAGUGACAGAGGGGGCCUUUUCUGUGAGGAAACAAAACCUGACAAUUUAACUGAAUGUGAGAGGAAAAGAAGACUUGGUGUUUUCGUCCAGAAUGUUUUGGCUGGGAAUACAACUAUAGCUGCUAAUAGAAUGACUAUACCAUUGAAAGAGCUUUUGGCAUCUAUUAAAGUUGGAUUCUAUGAAGUGCCAACAUGCAAUGUCACUGACGGAAGCUUUUACUCAUCUUGCACUUAUGAGAUGGGCUCUGAUUCACCACCCUUAUGCUCUUGUAGAACUCAUAAUACCAACUUGGAUUACUGUGCAGAAUGGCAGUACUUUGUGGAUGAAGAUUAUUUUUUGAAUAUGGACUGGUCAGAUGAGCUGAUAGACACGCGUUCUAAUCUCUAUCACUCCAUCAUAUCACAGUUCACCUCAAAAAUUCAGAGUUUCGGAGCUACUCUUAUUUCAGUCCAGUUGACUAAGCAAGAAAAUUGUGUGAAGGCUACCAUCAGAUGGUCAGGUCCCAACUCUGCUGCACCCAAGGCAAUGAUCACAAAUAUUUUCAUUCAGGAAAAACUUGUCACAGUUUCUACUAGUCCAUGUUCUUCACCAUUAUCACUGCUACAAUUCAGUCUUUAUGUGGAUGGUUUGGAGUGGAAUCAGGACUUUCAAGUGAACAACUCUAAUGCUUACAAUAAUAUUAGAUCUACCAUACUGGAAGUAUUUCAAGAACUUGCUGGAAGCAUACACACAUUAUUAAUUUCGCAAAAAGAAAACUGCACUGUGCUGUUUAUUGAAUGGACCGCUGCUUCACCUGUGCAGUUUUUGAAUGUAAUGGACAGAAUCAAAACUAAAGGAAUAACUUUGAAUGGAGAAUUAUUUCAAGUCAAUACAUCUCCAUGUAAACCAGAUGAGAAACUAUUGCUUGAGUUUCAAAUGUUUGUCAAGCUGCUGCCUUGGAGUGAGCAGUUGAAGAACUUGACAUCUCCACAGUUUGCUCAAAUCAAAGAUCUAGUGGAAAAAACAUUUGCAGCAUUGGGAGGGACAUGCAUCCAAUUAGUCUUAGCACCCAAAGCUGAGUGUGUAAUGCUGUUUAUUCAGUGGGAGACAACUAUAAACAAUACAGAAUUGUUUUUGGGAUUAAUGGAAAACAUUAAAAAAUCUGGAGUUACUUUUAUGGGGAAGAAAUUUGAUGUCAGCACAAAAGAGUGUGAAAUUAGUGUACUUGAAGAUGAUGUCCAAAUUUUGCAAGCAAAUUUUGUUGUCAACAUGUCUUACAUUGAAGAGCUACAAUCUCAGAAAUCUUAUCUAGAAUUAGAGAUGAGCCAAUUCUUGCUGAGCUACAACAUGCCUGGUUUCAAGUCGGCAUCCAUCAUCUCUAUUUCAUCAUAUGACAGCAGCCAGUUCAGAGGGAAACGUCAAAUCAAAACAAGCACUCUAUUUGUCUUGGAGUUACUCUUUAACUCCAGUCUCUCAGUGGAAUCUAUUAAUAUGGCUGCAAUACAAAUAAAGGCAAAACCUCUUCUCUUGGGUGGACUUCACAUUCAGAUUCUCAACAUUAGUUUUGGUGAUGCAGCUGGCUGCCCUGCCUGCUCUGCUGGCUCCUUGUGCCUGUCAGACAAAUAUGGGCUUAAAUUCUGUGCUUGUUCUGACAAUAGAUCUGGACCUACAUGUUCAGUUCAAAACUGUGUCAAGAAUAAGCCUUGCCUGAAUUCAGGAACCUGCAGUUUCUCCUACUUAAAGCAAGAGCCUCAGUGUCACUGCCAAGCUGGUUAUACAGGAACAAAUUGUGAAGUUAAUUUGUGCCAAUUAGUCAAGGAGGGAGCCUGUCAGUCAGGGGCUUGUGUCAUGGAUCUCAUCGACUGGAAUCUUUGCAGCUGCCCCUAUGGCACCAGUGGACUUUUCUGUCAGAACUCCCAGAACUCCCCUGCUGAGUUGAGCAUUUGUGAGAAGAAAAGCCAGGUCAUGACCUAUCUGCUCUCUGUGCUGCAACAGGAAGUGGCCAAUGAGAAAUUUUCCGUUGAGAUUAGUCAGCUGUUAGCAAAGAUUGAUGACAGUGCAUUUAUCUCAGUUCCAGCUUGCAAAAAUGGGUGGUUUUAUUCGACCUGCAACUACAAUAAAGUCACAGGAAAGAUAGACGUAUGUUAUUGUGUCAAUGAGAACAAUACUGCACUCCUUGACUUAGAUUACAACACCAGCACAAAACAAUGUCAAGUUUCAUCAAACGCUUGUAAAAAAGUAACUUGUCUGAAUAAUGGACGAUGUGAAAAUAUGGAAAAUGGGAACUUCUCCUGUAAAUGUCCACCCAUGUUUGAAGGGACACUGUGUGAAACCCCAUGUUCACCUGAGAAAAGUGAAGUUUGUCGAUAUCCAGAAUGGUGGUGUUCAAACGAGUUGAAAUGUAAAGAAGGUUUAGAGAAAUGUUUGCGAGUUGAGUGCAGUGGCUGCCCUGAGAAAAUGAAGCUACAAUGUAUUGCCAAAGAAAAAACAACUCCGUGUGAUCCACAGCCAUGCCAUGAAAACAGUGCAGAGUUGUGUGAUCCUUGUAGUAACCAUGGCACUUGCUAUCUUCGUAAUAGCUCAGUAUUUACUGUGAACCAGCUGGAUCAUGUCUGUGUAUGCAACAAAGGAAGGGCAGGGGUCAAAUGUCAAGUGAACAAUGAGCUAUGCAGCCAAUUGCCAGCAAACGUCUGCAAGUUUGGAUGUGUUGGAGAUUUGGACAAGGGCAUUCUAUGCCAAUGUCCAUACAGGCUAGGAGGGAUCAACUGCUCAACUCCAGUCAAUACACCAUGUGAGAGGAAAAAAGCCUUCUUCGAAGAUGUAGCUGACAUUCUGUCAACAGAGAAUGUUCCAGUAGAAAAAGCGAUGGUCCAGCUGAUCAAAAGGCUCUACUCAAACAGUUCAUCAAUCCCACAAGUCUCUUGUGACGCUGUUGGUCAGUUUCAUCAAGUCCAGUGUAAUCUGUCUGUUCAAACAUGGAACGUGACUGACUGCUACUGUGUCAACACCUACGGUACACAGAUCAGCAGCAACACUAAGAGCUACAUUGGGUACAAUUUGUGUACAGGUCCACAAGAUUUCAGAAGUCUUGCUGCCCUAUGCAAGCAGACAGACUCAGGGGAAUCUCUAGUACAAUGUUUCAAUGGAGGGACUUGUGUCCUUGACCCUUAUGAAGGGAAGUUGUGUGACUGUCCAAAAGGUUACUUUGGCCAGUUCUGUGAAAAACAAGGAUCCCCAACAAACACAUCUAGGUCUUUCUGUGGCUACCUUGCUGACUCAUGGGAAUCAUCACGUUAUUUCUUCUCAACAAACUCAAGCAAUUUGAACUGGACAGUUUUUCAAAGAGAACUUUACAAGACUCUAACAUACAACUUUCUUACCCCAAAUGACAGUUUGGCUCUAAAAGCUGAGUGUACUGAAAGUGGGCACUUUGAAGCAACCAUUUGUUACUUUGAUCUAACAUCAGACAUGAGGGGAACCUGCUACUGCUGGGGACCCAAUGGUCCAAUCUUUGAUACACCAGUCACUGAUCAGAGUGUUUGUCAAGGUUUGAUCAAGUCAGCUUGCCCUAGAAAAUGUCCAUCAGAACUCAUCUGUCAGUUUGGGUACACAGUGAAAGAUGGUUGCCCUACUUGUGAAUGUACAAAUCCAUGUCUGUUUACUGCCUGCCAACACGGUACACGAUGUAUAACAGAGACCAAAGUCUGUCCCAAUUCUCCAGGAUAUACCUGUGUUUUACCUGUCUGCAGGCUAGUUGAAAAGCCUGGAGUGUGUCCAUUUAUGAGUUUUGUCCAAGAACCGUCUGGCGCCAACCCAUCCUGUGAGGAUCAAUGUUUAGAUGACAGUGAUUGUCAUGGCAACACAAAAUGCUGUGGGGCGUGUCCUGCUACGUGUGUAGAACCAAAAAAGUCAUGGACUUGUCAAGAUGCAAGGUUGCUGGCACUAAAGUAUGUAGAGGAGAGCCUAGAAGCCAGGAAGCAACUGUUAAACAACAGUCAUAUGGACACAUCAGCUCAAAGUAGAAGAGUUCUGCGCAUGGAAACAUUCUGGAUCCCAGACUGCGAUGGAGACUUCUUUAAGCCACUUCAGUGUAUGACCCCCAUAAAAGGGGACACUGGGUUUACUGACCCCUGCUUAUGUGUUGACCAACUUGGGAACAUCAUAAGUGGAUCCCAAGCCAACAAGUCAGAAGCAAAUUCCUGCAGGGUCAAACCAAACUUUUGCCCAUUGCCAGUUGGAAGAGAGAGGACAAAUGAAGAAUGUCUGGCUGACCUAGAUUGUCUAGGGGAAGACAAAUGCUGCUACACUGGGGUCACUGGGGUCUGCACUAGGCCUGUUGACAAGUUGCUGACGUUCCCUGACAAGUUGUUGACAAACCUGUGUCAAGGUCAACCAAGUGUCUGUGAAAAUAAUUCAACUUGUGUGAACCAAUGGGUGAGGGAUGGUGUCAUAUGUCAGUGCUCUCAAUCUUGGCAUGGCCCAUUUUGUCAGCAGAAUGGCUCUCUACCUACACAGACAGUCUGUCAGAGAAAGGCAAUGGCUCACAAAGUUUUGCUCAGCCAGCUCCAAGAGGAAACUUCUCAAGGGAUUACUGCCUUGUUGGACAUGCACUAUUCCAAUUACAAAAGUGAAGUCUUGCCAAUGGUAGAGUUGAAAUGCCUUGACAAUGGAGACUUUGCUCCAACCCAAUGCGUCACUUUCAUCAGCAUCUUCAAUCUGACAGCUCUCCCACCCAGGCAGUGUUUCUGUGUCAACCAGCAUGGGGAGGAACUUCCAGGAACCAGACUUUCUGACCAGCGGCCAUUCUGUGGAGAAAACAACCAAAUAUGUCCAUUUGGCCACCCCUUGACAAACAGCAGUGGCGUGGCCCAAGAAUGUCAUGAGAUCUCAUGUCCUAUUGGCUAUUCCUGCCAGCACAGUACAUAUGGCAGCCUCUUCUGUUGUCCUGAUUUGGAGUCCAAUCCAAACCAAUGUGUGUUACCUGUGGACUUUGGUGUGCCUUGCUCUGGGAAUGCCAAUGUAAAAGACAGAUACUACUUUGAUGGCCAGGAAUGUAAACAUUUCCAAUUUAAUGGCUGUGGUGGCAACUUGAACAAUUUCCCAAGUGUAUCAGCAUGCCAGGCACGAUGUCUUUCCAACAAACACACAGGUUCAUGUCCAGCUACUCCAGUCAAAGUGAGAGCUAAAGUUCUAUGUCAGGACCAGUGUCAACUUGAUGACAACUGUCACAUCACUGACAAGUGCUGUCAAACAACCUGCGGCAAAAGAUGUGUCCCUACAAUAGUUGAUAGUGAGGUAGGAAAAUGCCCAAUGGGUCGACCUUAUGGUAGAUGUGACACUACAACUUUCUGCCCAAGUGGUUUAGUCUGUCAAAGAACUGGCCAGGAGCUUGAAGGCAUAUGCUGUAUAGAUUACUCCAAUGUUGACCUAUGUUUGAUUCCACCCAACCUCUCAGACAGCUGUCCCAACAUGACACAGCGCUAUUUCUUCAACGCAACAUCCAACAAAUGUCAGCAGUUUCUCUCUACAGGAUGUUUGCCAGAUUUCAACAACUUCAACACUCUUGAACAGUGUUGUCUGGCAUGUAAUGAUAAAGGGCGCUGUAAGUCUGGCACAUGUCCAGACCCUCAACUUGGCUCAGUCAGCAAAUGUAGCCAGGAAUGCUCAGGUGACGCUCAGUGUCCAGGGAAACGAAUCUGCUGCUCCACAGGCUGUGGCACUGCAUGUCUGAUACCUGAAGCUGGCUCAGAUAUCUCAGACUGCAUUGUCAGACAAACUGAUGCCAAGAUGAGAAAAAAAACUUUUCAAGGAACAUUACAUAAUGACUGUGAUGUCAUUAAUAUUCCAAGGUGUGAAGAAAAUGGCUCCUGGUCUAAACUACAGUGCCAGACUACCCUAGGGAUCUGCUGGUGUGUCACUGAUCUGGGCAACUAUGUCAAUGGCACAAUAUCAAGAGGAGUUCCUGCUUGCCAUCUAAUUCCACAAGCAUUCCUGGAUAAGGCUGACUUGGAUAAAAUGGAUGUUUCUACUUCUGGAUAUACAGUAUGUCCAGGUGGGACUGCCCCAAAAUGCUGUCCUGAGUCCCUCUGUCUCCUCCCAUGUUUUGCCCACCCUGAUGCUGUGUGUCGUAUAGACCCAUGCACUGGCUGUUCCAUACAAUAUUUUGAUCAACAAGGAAUCCAAGUCAACUGCAAUGAAGGAUUGUCAAAGUGCCAGCAAGAAGCUAAUGCUGCCAGAGUUUUUAUUCUGGAACAACAGCUGAACUCAGGUCUAGAUCCAAAUCAAUGGACUGGAGCAAUCAAGACAUGGAAACCUAGGACAACUCUGCUCAAAAAUGUUCCACUCAGAUGUCAGCUAGCCCCUGAUGCUGGCACCUGUCGAGGUUUUUCUCUCAACUGGUUCUACAACCCUCUGACCGGGUCAUGUGACUCGUUUGUUUACACCAUGUGUGGGGGCAACACCAACAGGUUUUCAUCACCUGAAGAGUGCUAUAGUACAUGUAACAUGAGUGCAAGCCCUUGUCAUAUGAUGAAGUGUGAUGGAGAGCAGCCAUUGUGUCGACUGACCUACGACCCAACGUGCUUGAACUGUUCAGUCACAGCCACUUGUCAAGGUCAAGUAAAGCAACCAAGCCUGAAAGUGUCUGGAAUUUUUGUGGCCCAGUGUCAGAUUACUGGGGAGUACAUGCCCAAACAGUGUCAUGACGGCUACUGUUGGUGUGUCAACAGUCAAGGUCAGGCUGUCACUGGGCUGACCAGGGCAGCCUCUCUCACCUGCAGCCCUAAUGGCACUGACAUCAAAACAGAAAAUUGCACCAACAACAAGCCUCCAAAUUUGUCCUGCCUGCAAGUGUGUACUGGACAAAAGUGCCCUGCGUAUCCCAAUGCCACCUGUGUGGCAGAUUUAUGUUCACCCACCUGUGACAGGCAGUUUGUUGACACCACCGGCAGCCAGGUGAUGUGUACAGACAAUCUGUGCAGUACUUUUACAUUUAAUGCAAGCAAACAGAAAUCAUGUUCUGGUCCAUCUUUGUGUGAAGAGGCAAAACUCUGCCCUGAGUCUAUCUGUCAGAAAGUGAGCAAAGAUUGCAGCCUGAAUCCCUGCGCUAUCUGUCUGACUGACCCCUGUACCUGCCUGCCAUACUUUGUUGACGUCAACACACGACGCAAUCUGACCCACAACCAGUGUCAUUAUUUGUCUACAGGAGUCUGUGCCAUUACCACCUGCAACCUUUUGAAAGAGUCGGCUAGAAUUGAGGCCUUCAAGUUGGAUGAACUCAGCCCCUCCCCCCCUCAGUGUGAUGCUAGGGGCAGGUUCUUGCCUCAGCAGUGCCUAGGGGAGAAGUGUCAGUGUGUCACUGCCUUUGGAAUAUCUGUUAGCAAUCAGACAUCAAUCAAUGAGACUUGUCAAGAUGUGGGGGAUGUCAAACUAAUCAAGUUAAAUCUCAAGUUCAAUGGAGAUUUUAAAAAGUUUCAGAGAGAAAAUCUGCUGGAUCAAAUUAAAAAGCAGGUGUAUGAGAAAAUUGUAGAGCUUGGCAUAGACCCUACCAACAUCCUGGAACUGGGUGAGCCUUACGAGGGCAGCAUCAAAAUGGUGGUCACAUUCCAGCUAAGCCAAGCCUCCCACAACCCAGAUCUGAUUGCUGUCUACUUAGCCCUAAUGUAUUCUCUUCAAACCAACUGGACUAUUGUUGCUGGGAAUGAAACUUUAGAGCUGGAUAUUGACUGGACAAGUCUCACUGUCCUGUCAACAGAUGAUGGUGUGCCAGACAAACACGCCAGCACUGAGGGCUUGUCUGCCAGAGAUAAAAUUAUUGUUGGCUGUGUUGUUGGCAUAGGAGGCGGCCUCAUUCUUCUUGCUGGAAUAUUACUGAUUGUCUGUUGUCGCAAUAAGAAGCACAAAGCAGGUGGAUAUCACGCAGGACUUGACAAUCAGUCCCUGAAACCAGCCAUACUAAAUUACGCUUAUGAUGAUGAUGAUGAUGCUGAUGGCAGAUUUAUCAAAGUCAAAUUAUAAACAAAUGCAGAAAGUUUAUAUAUGUUGUAGCAAAUAAUUUUUUAAAUAGACCUAUAUUUUUUCAAUCAAAUACAUCUCAUUGGACAUGAAACUCAAUGCAAUUUCUAAGUAAAAGUAUUCAAUUGAAAGCUAUUUCAAAACAUCCUGGUCAAACAACCUCCAGCUUCUUGGAAAGUUAAGUGUGGUCGACUACCUAUAUUUCCUUCCAAAUGUGUACCUUAGAAAUGGUCUACUAGUUGUUUUUUUAUUUUUUUAUUAUCAAUAUUUGUCAAAAAUGUAUUUUUAAAUUAAAAUGUGGAUGUUUUGGACACAAUACAAUCAACUAUUGAAUUACUUCUGUACUCUUUUCUUGGUGUAUUAAAAUUUGUAAUCAGAAAUGAAGAAUUUUUGACUUGUU